GGUUCCAAGGGUUACGCAGGUCGUCCCUUAUCGUUCGAUCAACCUCCUUGGCCGUGUCUAAAACAACCUCAUCCCGUUCCCCCUUGUGAUCGUUUCUUACGUCGACCAUGUACCACACCACGAAAUCCUUUACGAUGCGGUCGGCUCUGGCGGCCUCUGCCCUUCUCUUAGCCAUCAGUCUACCUGCAACACAUGCUUAUACGGAGGAAUACAAUGGAUGUUACUCCGACUCGACGCCACUGCAAGAUCAGGGAACAUAUACAUAUCAGAGUGAUGGAUACUGCCAGAAGCUAUGCUUGAAGUCCAACUAUGCCGUCUUUGCCCUGCAUAAUGGACAGGACUGCCUCUGUGGUAAUGAGCUACCCGCCGCCUCCGCCAAGGUUUCCGACAGCAAAUGCAAUAUCGAAUGUGCCGGUUGGCCCAGUGUGGACUGUGGUGGCAGUGACACCUACUCUGUUUAUCUUACUGGUAUCGAGAGCGAUGUGGACAACUAUUCGGCCUCGAGCACAACUACUUCCAGCACCGAAAGCGAAACGUCUACCUCCACGACUCAACAAGCAGCCCAUGUUGUCACCAGUUCUGGCACCACGCAAACAGUAUAUGCGACAGCAGCAAGUGAGACAGAGGCGGCGGCUACUGCAGCUGCCGAGAGUGCUACGGAUCCUGCACAAAAGAAGAACGGCUCGAGCGCCAACACAGCUGCCAUUGCCGCAGGCGUCGUUGUGGGUGUGGUCGGAGCCUGUGCUCUCGCCGGCGCCGGAUUCUUCCUUUGGCGCUUCAAGAACCGCAAAGCGCAAUACCGCCGUAGCAUUGGCGUGGACAACUAUGGCAAUCCGAUGUCGCAACACAACAUGUCGGAUUCUCGCUUUGACGGCGACUUCAUGGCACAACGACGUCAGAGCAAUGGCAGCAUCGAUGAUGACCAAGACUUUUCACGUCGGAUUCUGCAGGUGAGCUUGGCCCCACGGUGGAUCGGGACGGAAGUCCCGGCUAACAUACCCUCUAGGUGACCAAUCCCGACCGACGCUAGAAGGAAUAUGAUUCCAAGUCUCCUAUGGACAGUGCCGGGGGUGAACCAUCUAGGUUCUAACUCUGCAUUUCCGAACGAUUAAGCCAUGCCCUUGCCUCAUAUCCUUUUG